UUUAGUGAGGAAAAAGUAGUAAUGUUGAUAGAUAUCAUCAGUCAUAACACGCUUGCUUGCGGAGGACACAAAGAUUUCAGUUCAUAGAACUUCUAGAUUUAUUUGCAAAUAUGAAAUCAAAAAGCAUCCUUCAGUGUCAAAUGUGGACACAGACACGCUGUCAUGUUGAUAUGAAGAUGACUGUUCAAUGUCGUUUUUCAUGGUGCGCCAAAUGUUUCCAGCUUUCUGUGAAGCAGGCAUCUUCAGUGGACCAGCCAGUCCACAUUCUUGUCAUGCUUGCUGCAGCGGCAUCCUUAAAAACAACACAAUGAUGUCAUCGCACCGCCAAAUAGUCCUGUUGGCAGCUAAGAUGGGGGUGUGGGAGGGCUGCAUUCCAACGCUGAGCUUUUAGUUUGCCACUAAAUGACCUCCACGUGUGUCCCCGUCUUAAAAAGCUACUUGAAGAAAGAACUAGAAAAACCAGAACCGCCACCUGAUGAUGAUGAUGAUGAUGGUGGUGGUGGUGGUGGUAAGAACAGUCACCUUGACUAAUCGGCGUACUCCCGAUAUUGCUGCUAAUAGCAAACAUUUCUUUGUUACAUUUUCACGUCAUAAACAUGAUUUUACUCAACAUUUCAUCAACUAUUCAAACUAUUCAGCCCAAGCUCAUGUGAAAUGUUCGUGUUUUAGUGUGGAUGCACACUGCAGGAGUACAGUAGUACACGAGUACUCUAGUACUGUAGUACAGCCAGAAAUGUUUCAUUGGGGUGGCCAAGGUGAGACCAUUACUCACAUGGGGGUGGCAAGAAGUUGAUACCUGUGCUGUCUAGAUGGCCAGUGGUGGGUGUGGCCACCCUGUAGCUCCACCUCUGCUUUUGGAGCAUCUAUUAGAGCAAUUGAUAGCUGAGCAGUGUGCCGAGGACAUGUUUUCAAUGCAUGCUUUGUGGAUUUUGCUCCGCAUGAUGGCGGCCCAACCCAUAAUGCAGGCCAAGGCACAAUUCGGACGCGCUGCUGCUUGAACUCUACACUCCUUGGCUUACGUGCCCGCUCAUGCCGCUAAAGAGAGCCUCCAUUAUUAACAGACUUACUGUAUGUGCUCAAUCACGCUUCACCAUUGAAGGCAAAGUCAACUUGGUGAGAGAACCUGACGUGACCGGACCCGACCAAAGUUCAUGCAAGACGCACUUUGACAGCUCCUCCACACGGAGAGUUGUGUGCUGCAGUGAAAUGCGUCCACGUGGAAACGGCGGUUAGGCCGAACUAAUGUUCUGCACCACAGAGCCGCGUUUGGCCGGAGAGUGACCAAGGGUAUCUCCGCCACGGAGUACAGGAGUGCUUUUGGUGAGUGUUGCGUGCCAACACUUCCCAUGCAAGACACAAUGAAUACACCUGUAAAAAAUGGUGCACAUUUGGAUUAAUCUGAUUUAAAAAUAAAUAAAUACAAAUAAAACAAAUUUCACAACCCAAAUAAAAAGCAAUAGUUUUUGUUUAGCAGUGGUACGUAUGCAUGCUGUACAUUUCACCUGCAGUGUUUACACGUCAUUACUCGCUUAUGGCAAACGGCAUCUCUUCUGAUGGAAAACAUUGCCAGUUUUUGGAGAAAAAUAACUAUUUUUAAACCAAAAAUAAAAAUGUGUUGUGAAUGCUGAAAGGCGAAGUCCUAGAAGGUCCCCAUCCUACAUUUCACAACACUUAGGAAUGACUUGCUGUGUUUCUGCUCUUGGAGCUGAAAUGUGCCCUUCAGCCCAGACAUCACACGCACGGUGCAAGAUGGGUGGGCGGGUGCCAUGUCCCAAUGAAAAGUAUGCACUUUGGUAGUUUUGUUGUAGUUUUGCAGCUGUGGUGUUUGGAAUGUCUGUUAGUGAGAAGAUGAAUCCAUGCUUGUUUCUUUUGCUAAUCAUCUACGAGUAAAUCAUAUAAGCUAGUUGUUAGCAGAGUGGUUUUGUUGUCAUGGCGAUGGAGCUGGCAGGCCUGUUGGGUCGGUCAAGUCAUCUCUCAGCCCCGCCCAGAUACCUGCUGCUUUGUCCCCCACACCAGUCUGACAAGCUCUCUCAGGCGUGUUCUCACUCUUCACCAACAAAGUCACUUUAGUUUCAUGCUAAAGUUGAUGGACAUCUUUUUCCUUCUUUACUUUCAUCCUGGAAACAAAGCAAGCGCUUUUUCUUUGGAUUAUUUGUAGCACAGCGCACUGGAAGGAUUCUGUAUAAGUCUGUGUCAUUUACUGUGGUGAGACACACAGGCAGUCGUCAAAGUCGUGUCAGGCUAGCCUUUGCAGCAUGGACCCCCAGGUGUGCCCGCCCCCGCUUAGUAGCAGCCAGUCUUUGAUAUCAGGCCUUGACAAAUCCCCAGCCAGUGCUUACCAGCCUGCCCACUCCAGGAGCAGCAGCACCGGCUCCUCCAAACACUCAAAGCAGUCUCGCGAUUGGGAAGUGAUGGGUGACUUGCAGCAUCUGGAACAGAAUUGUCUUCCUGGUUCUUCUCUGGAUCCAAGUAUUCCCGGCUUGUGUGAGGGCUUCCUGAUGAAGAGGAGGAAGUACCCCCUGAAAGGCUGGCAUAAAAGAUACUUCAUGUUGGAGAAAGGAAUUCUCAAGUAUUCCAAAACGCAGCAAGAUAUUCAAAGAGGGAAACUCCACGGCUCCAUGGACGUCAGCAUCGCUGUCAUGUCCAUCAAUAGAAGCUCCAAACGCAUCGACUUGGAUGCUGGAGACAACCUCUACCACCUGAUGGCAAAGUGCCAUGACAUGUUUUACAUCUGGGUGACCAAGCUGUGUGCGCAUCGCUCGUUUCGUAAAAACGAGGCCAUGAGUGUCCAACGUGGAGUUCUUCACGCUCUCUCUCUGGGCCACAGUAGGCUGCCAUCCAUGACCAGUUUGGCCCCCCAAAAAAGAGGCUCACUGCCAAUGUAUGCCAGCUCAGCGUUGGUGUUCCAAAGAGAAAUGGGAAGCCCCUCCCUGACUGUUGCCUCCUAUCCGGGCGUGACCAACAAAGUAUCCGCUUGGCUGCAGCAGACUGAUGACAUUGAUGCAACCUCCAAUGACUUGACUCGCUGCCAGACAGACUUGACAGAACUUGCUCAUCUCAUCCAGCGACUGCAUUGGCUGGAAGGCGGCUUGCCAGUCACAGACACCGACCUGCAAAUGCGCAUCAGCAUGCAGAAUCUUUCCUUAGAGAAACCCAAGAAGAAGAGUGGGAAAACAUAUGGUCACUCCAGGACUUUAUCCCGCGUGGAAGCCAUGGGAGGAAUUUUCACAUCCAGCCACCUGAGGACCAAUUUUAGUUCUGUACAGUCCAUUCCAGACUAUGUCUACUCGCAGCUGUCCAACCCUCAGGUCACCUCACCCGAGGCCAAGAAACUCCAGCAGGACAUCUGCGUGCUUUCCCAAAGGGUUUUUACGUCUCUCAAGUCCAUUCAUGACGUUUUGGCUUUGGAGCGAGAGCGACUCAGGCAGGCCUGGACCGGCCCCGAUCUGCGGCAGAACACCUCAGAACAGCUUGCGACGCUGUGCAGCACCAUGUCAGAGCUUGACAUACAGUCUCAUCUGACCAAAGUCCAUUCCCUUUCCUUGUCCUCUGAAUCUACCGAGGAAUCCUUCUGCACCGUCCAAGCAGAACAGAAGACACCGUCUUUGGCUCACAAUAAGCGCACGCCCUCCGUGGCUGAUUCCAUGGCCGAGUAUUUUGAUGCCAGCGAAGUGAUCGUGUGUGAAACCUCCUCUGAGGCAGAAGGUUCCGAUGAGUCGGGUCUGAGUGACAUCACCAUGACCAGCACCUCAGAACCUGAAGAGGGACAUGCCAGCGCCACCCUGAAAUACCGAGCCAGUCUCAAAAGUGCACCUGACAAACCCGCCCCCCCGUCAGAUACAGGUCGACGCAGCAGCCUCCCUGCCCAGGGAACGGACAACAGCCACAUCGGCAUCAUGACCAUCCUGUACAACAACAUCGGCAAGGACCUGUCUCGGGUCUCCAUGCCAGUUGCCCUCAAUGAGCCGCUGUCGUUGCUGCAGAGAGUGUCUGAAGAGUUGGAGUACUCAGAGCUGCUAGACAUCGCCAAUCGCACUGACGAUCCAUACGAGAGAAUGGUAUAUGUUGCAGCGUUCUCCAUUUCUGGAUAUGCGUGGGCAUCCUGGCGGUAUCGUUACAAACCUUUCAAUCCUGUUCUUGGAGAAACUUAUGAGAAUCACAGAGAAGACCGAGGCUUCCGUUACGUCAGCGAGCAGGUCAGCCAUCAUCCUCCCAUCUCUGCCUGCCAUGCAGAGUCUACAAACUUCAACUUCUGGCAAGAUCAAAGAUGGAAGAACAAGUUCUGGGGCAAGUCUGUGGAGAUCAUCUCUAGCGGACCUGUCAAUGUUACUUUACCCAAGUACGGCGAUCACUACCAGUGGAACAAAGCCGUUACUUGCAUUCACAACGUGCUGAGUCAGCAGCGCUGGUUGGAGCACUAUGGCGAAGUGGUCAUCAGAAACAAAGAGAGCGACGUCUGUACCUGCAAGAUAACAUUUGUCAAGUCCAGAUACUGGAGCUCUGACAACAAUAAAAACGAGGUCCAGGGUGUGGUUCUGGACAGGGCUGGAGAGGUUGUCCAUCGUUUUGGAGGGCUCUGGCAUGAGGGCAUCGUGUGUGACACGUUGCCAACCUCAAAGUGUAUCUGGAAGCCCAAUGUGCAGCCUGAUGAUCACUUCCAGUACUAUGGCUUCUCAUGCAACGCCAGGGAGCUCAAUGAACUCACGCCUGAACUCCAAGCCCUUCUUCCACCGACAGACACGCGUUUCAGACCCGAUCAGAGGCUCUUGGAGGAGGGAAAGGUAGCAGAGGCGGACAAAAAGAAGGAUGAGGUGGAGGAGAAGCAGAGGGAGAGGAGGAAGGAGAUGGCCAAGCAAGGACGGGAGCACAUCCCGAGGUUCUUCAGGAAAGAAGUAGAUGAUGCUGGCCAGGAGGUGUGGCUGUACAACGGAACCUACUGGAAGCUUCGUGAAGAACCAGGGUUUUCCAACACUGAGAACCUGGAGCUGUGGUAAAUGCUGCAUUUAGCUGGCAUAUGUGGAUGGAGCUAAAUGCAACAAAGGAAGUAUAAGAUGUAUGAAUGAAGUCUACGAUGCUGCUACUGCCAGGGUGGGGAGGCUGGGGGAGUUUGUUAGCAUACAUGAGCCUCUGUGUGGUCUUUUUGGACCACAUGAGGUGACGUGCCACCAUGGAACAGAUGACGACUCUUUUAGGAAGUCCAAGGUCCUCCCACCUUGCUGCCUACCUCCUACAGAUGAUGAAAGCACAAACGUAAUCCCUCGCUUGUCCUUCAUAUUAAUUACAUGCUGUUAAAAAAUGGUGGGUUUUUCAAGGUGUUCUUUUUGUCUUGCAGCUUAUAUUUGGGAGAGAAAUGUUUCUUUUAAGAUGUCUGUCACCAGAAAUAUUUAUUUCAUUUUACCGCACCUUUUGUUGAUUGUCUGGCCUCCUGCAGAGUAUUGAGAGUAGAGGAAAUACUGCAGAGUAUUUUUUCGAGUGUCUGCUUGCGUGGGACCUUUUGCAUGGUCAUGAACUUGUCACAUCAUCACUGCCUUUGUGUUGGAAGGUGGAAAUGUGUUUCUUGCUGUUCUUGCCAAUGAUAAAAUCUUCUGGCUUUUACUUGAUCGACGACGUAUUAGGCAGUAUUUUUAAAGUCACUUGUCAAGGAAAAUACACCAUUUUCCUCUGUUUAGCUUGAAAUAAAAGGUUUGAUAAUAUCCGUGCUUUGGCUUUUUGUUUUACAUGAAAUGCUUUUUGAAUAGUCCAUUCCAUCUCAUCAAAUUACUGAAGAAAAAUUAAAUAUGAAAUGAUUCAUUUCUAUUUUAUUAUUAAAUCAAAGGAAUAGGAAAUCAAAUAAAUGUACAUGUGCAUAGUAUAAAAUGGUUCAAUAAAUAGCUUCUGUAACCGGUAGGUGUACAUCAUGUCUGGGCCAGGUGCUGUCCACUUCUUCAUGCCUGAGAUUCUUUGUUGGAUGUCUGCCACUGUGAUUGUUACUGGACCUUGGUCAGGGAGGGUGCUGUGGUCUGCUCUUAAAUCUUUUAACCACUGUGAUGUGAUGCUUCCCUCUCCCAUAUGCCUUUCCAGUAUUGUUCAGUCUCCAGCCUUGGUGGGGUAGUUCUUGUGGUAUUUCCCUGCCACUGGGAGUACACUUUAGCUGGCCUAGUGGAGAACAGCCGGUUAGUUUUCCUGGCUUAUACAGUAUUCCUCUUGUGUAUCUCCUCAGUCUUGCAGCCAGGGCUUGGAGUCUUCUUUGGCAGGUCCCAGAGCCUCAGGUAUGGGCAUCUGACUGUACCUCUUGGAUACCCCUUUUCUGGUUGCACCUUUCUGGAGUUCUGACAAUUGGCUUACUUCCAUCCGUGUUGCCUUGAUUUUGGCUUCCAACCUUCUCCGCCAUGGUGCCUCCUCCUUGACCUUCAUGUUAUCGCUGUGCUUGCCAAGCAUCUCCAGGAUCACUGUUGCUGUAUUGUAUAUCAGCUCAUUGGUUUCAGUGAUUGUCGCAGUAGGGAUCGUUCUUAUUGCUGCAUUCACAUCAGCUAGGAGACUUCCUGGUGGUACUUCACUCAUUCUCGCUAGUGUGUGUGGGGGUUGACAGGUUCUUAUCUUAGCCAUGAUCUUAUCUCUCAGGUCAGUUAAUCUCUCACUUUGCUGUCUGUCUCUGGGGCUUGGUACCCAAUCUCUUGGGAGGGGGGGCGUUGAUGUUAACGCCCCCUUCUGACCUAUCAUCCUGGCUCCCCCUUGCCGGAGCAUUAACGUGUUGUACCUCCUCAAUCUCUAGCUGUGAUAGCAGUUGCCGUUUGCGUAUGUUGGAACACUGAGCUACUAGCUGCUUUGGUGUCAAUGUAGACUGUUGGUAUCGGAGCAGUUAAGUUAAGCCUGCUUUGCACGUCCGGCCUCCGUGCACAUGAGCCAGCAAUCACAAGAUGACGACAGGAAGCUGACAAACCUGCUUGUCAGGUAAAUGCCAUCUGCUACAAUGUUGUAAAAAAACAAAGUUAUGUAGGAGAGUUUUUUGUAUCCUGACAGUGCGUGUAACAUGUGACUAAAAUAUACACGCAACACUUUGGCUUUUGUUCCCAUCUUUUAUGAACUGAACUCGGACGUCAAACUUUUUGUAUGUACACAAAAGGCCAAGAGUAUUUGUCUGCAGUAUUGUAGCGAGCAUGACAUAAUCCAUCCACAAGGAAAUGUAUGAUGAUAUCCCCAGCAGAGCUUCAUCUAUCCAGCCACCCAUCACCAUCAUUUCACUAAAUAUUUUGCCAAUAGUCUUCUUGAAAUACGUAGCGUAUAUACACCAUUUAUGUCGCAUAUCAAAUCAUGUCCCGUGCGCAUGGCCUUGUUCAGCACUAGUUACACCAAAGAAAGUCAGUACAGCAGAGAUUUUUGGUGAGGAAAUACUACAGUAGUGUGGAGUGAGGACAAAACAAGUAGAAAAGUUUGCUGGUCUGAUUUGAGAUUGUGGAUAAAAAGAUAGUAGCCCUGUUCAAAGUAUGCAAACUUGGUCAAGAAAAUGCAAACCUUUUCUGUUUCUGGAAACCUGGAAACUACCAGUGAUGAUUAGAAAGUAAAAGCUCAUAAAUAUACAAGAAUAAAGCUGCAUUUUCCCAAAGUCAAAGGCUCAAUCUCUUGAAAAGAGUCAUCUUACAAGAAUUAAAAUUGUUCUUUUCUUUUUUUUUUCAAAGAAAUAAUGUGUAAUAUGAGAAGAAAAGUGAACAUUAGCAUACAGUAUAUCAGAGGAGCGUAAGAAGACGUGUCAGAAAAGUGCCAUCAAGUAUACUGUGCAGUAAUCCCAGGAUAAAGUCCAGGUCACAACCGCAUGGAUCGUUUUUUUGGCUGUCUUUUUUGGCGUUCUCCCAAUCACUGCAUUUUUAUUUAUUUAUUUAUGUAUUUAUUUAUUUAUUGGUCCAUGUCUGCACAACGGGUCCCCUUGAAGACCUCCUUGAGGUCCGGAGCCAGGUCGAAUGAGUCGGGUGUGUGGAUGAAGAUCACCAACAUCAACAGUCCUGGAACUUUUCUGACACACUUCGUGUAACAAUUUUUCUUUUCAGUUUUUCCCCAACUCUCGUUUGUAGUAAAGAAAGAACUAGGAAUGGUGUCAGAUCUUGCUGUUCUCCAAGUGCGAGUCAAUGUGUUUUAUGAGCGCAUCAUCAGGGUAUCCCGUUGGAAAGGUCAGCUGACAAAGAGGGCAGCUUCGUACAGCGCUCUCUUCAGACUCCAUCCAUAACUGCAAGCAGAGGAAGACACGGACAUCACUUGGAUGGAAAGAUGGGGGAGCUCAGCCCUGCAUUGGUGCCAACCACCACUUCAUCAAUGAAUUGAUUAUUUAUCAGGACUUAUCCCAUCACUCCUUCCCUUCCCUGCCUUUCCUCUGCUAUGACUUCACAAUUUAUUCCAAAAUAAAGGACUUUUUUGAAAUUAUACUUACUUCCACUGCUAGAUGUUAACCUGG